CGCCCUUUCCACUCCGGGCUACGCGACGCGGGCAGGGACGCAGUCGCGGCCGCGCGGUCCCUCCUUCUCCUCGCUUAGCCAUUUCUGUUGUUGAUUGGUCUGUUUUCGGGAGGAGAGGGGAUCGAUCGAGCUCCGCCACAGGCAGGAAGGAUGGUGCGGGGGAAGACGGAGAUGAAGCGGAUAGAGAACGAGACGAGCCGGCAGGUGACCUUCUCCAAGCGCAGGAACGGGCUGCUCAAGAAGGCCUUCGAGCUCUCCGUGCUCUGCGACGUCGAGGUCGCGCUCGCCGUCUUCUGCCCUCGUGGCAGGCUCUACGAGUUCUCCAGCGCCACCAGCUUGCAGAAAUCGAUUGACCGCUAUAAGGCUUAUAGGAAGGAUAAUAAUGUUAAUAACAAGACAGUACAGCCAGAUAUACAGCAAGUCAAAGCCGAUACUGUAAGCUUGGCAAAGAAACUUGAAGCUCUUGAAGUUUCGAAGCUAAAGAUCUUGGGUGAGAAUUUAGGAGGGUGCUCUGCUGAAGAACUGAACUGUCUGGAAGUAAAUAUUGAGAAGAGUCUCCGCAUCAUCAGAGGAAAGAAGACCCAGGUGCUCGAACAGCAGAUAGCUAACCUGAAAGAAAAGGAGAGGACGCUUCUCAAAGACAACGAAGACUUGCGUGGAAAGCAGCGCGACCUUGAGGCUUCGCUGGUGGUUCCUGCCCUGAACUGCGUCACGCCCCUGCAGCCACGUGGCCAGCUGGCACCAGAGCAGGAACCGGUACCGAGCGACGAGGACGUGGAGACGGAGCUCUACAUUGGGUUGCCCGGGGUUCGCUGCUCCAACCGGCGGUCAGGUCAAGCCAAAUAGCUAAUCAGCCGGAAGGUUGAGCCUCACACAAAUAAACUCUCUACAGAUGCAUGAAGUGGCCAAUCAGUAGUCCACCAUUUCUGUUAUUCUCUAUAUUUAGACAGAAUCUAUAAUCUCUUGCAAAGCUAAAUUAGCGGCUGCGACGAUGUCAAACCUGCAGAGAACCUCUGACGACUGAAGGUGAAACGCCAGUACACCAAUUGUUUCUUGCGCAACGGCCGGCAAAUGGAACUAGGGGAGGCAUUCUUGUUAAAAACAAUUCUGUAAUUAGGGUAAAAUCUCCCCUUGCCCAAAACCGUCGUUGCAGUUUGUCCCGCAACCGACGUCUCCCUUUGAUCUCCUGGAACCGACGUCUCCUCGAGGGAUCGUCGUGUCUCUUCGGGACAUAUAAAAGGGGGCCUGUAACCAUCGAUCAAAGGAUUUGAUCAUUCUGAUUCAAAACAUGUUAUCAGCACGAUGGUCA